AUGCGCCUAAAUGGUGACAUCGAAGGCUCUAAGCGUGCCAUUGCAACGUUUCUAUCAAAUUUGAAUAGUGCCUCAAACGAUAUUCCAUAUGCAGACCUUGCAUCGCUCUUUCUUUCACAGGCGACCAACUACGCCUAUGACUUCGCCUUUGCGGCAGCCCAUCAACAAAUUCAGAAUUGGAUGCCUGUUCAAGACGUUCAUGGCAAGCAGGAACAGCUCCUAUGGGACCAAAUAUAUUGUGUCGGCCGAACAAUGCGAGGAGAGGGCCGGUUUUUGGAAGCUAAGACUUGCUUUGAGACUUGCUUGGGAUACUCAGGACUAAGUUUUACAAAGUCAUUCCUCGUCAAUUCAAGCCUUGCUGAUCUUUACUGUGAACUGGAUUAUUCUGAUGUCUCGGGAAGGUGUUACCUCCAUCAUGCAAAGUUGAUGGUGGAGACGAAUAUUCAACGAUUAAGGAUGUCAUCCCGCCAACACCUCAAAGGAUACCGGCGGCUACUUCUAUCCGCUGCGGAAGUCUAUAUCAGACAACACCAUUAUCAUGACGCUGAAACUGCAGUCAAGGAAUUGCUGGACAUUUAUUAUAACCUGCGCGAGAUGGACAUAGUGGAUCGCUUAGGACAUGUCAGAAGCCUUAUUGCUUUUGCCCGUCUGUCUCCGACUUCAAAGGAUGCCUUGCAGAGAUGGAGAGAUGUCUUAGCGUGGAACAAAUUCUAUAAUCCUCUGGAGGAAGAAGUGUUCACCUGUUGCUUGGUAUACUAUGCUCUGUCGAACACCCUUUAUACGCUCGGGGAUUUGAAUGGAAGUGUGGAAAAUUACUGCAAGGCAAAGCGGGUGUCCCAAAGGAAAUGUCGUCAAUUUCUUAUUCCCGGAGUGGGCACAUACAUUUAUGAUGCUGUAUGUGCUCCAGUACGAUCUACAUUUGAGGCACUUUGA